AUGUCCAUUAACACAAAUAAUUUUCUGGUUGGCUGUGUAUAUCUACCUCCUGUAGCACCUCUUACAAUAGUUGAGUCUCAUCUCUCCUCUGUCGAAAACGUCUUAUCAAACCUCAAACCUCAUUCAGUUAUCCUUUGUGGUGAUUUUAACAUCCCUCAUAUUAACUGGUCUUCGGAUUUGUUAGGACUUUCUGCUUCGGGAGAUUUUAAUCCUGUUUCGCAUGCUAUCGUCGACUCUUUUUCAUUCCACAACUUCUUCCACCUAAACUCAAUUUCAAAUAAUCAAGGAAAUACUCUUGACCUCAUAUUUUCAAACUCCAAUAAAGUCACAGUUUACACUUACCUGACUCUUACCACUCUCCACUGCACUUACGAGUUCCCAUCCAAGCUAAAAAUAAAUAUUCCAAUACUCAUACUUAUAAGGAUUUUAAAGGUGCCAACUACUUUGCCAUAUCAAGUUUUCUUAGUUACUAUAAUUGGGAAGCCACCUUUUCUCUGUAUUCAGUUGAUGGUGCAGCGACUAUUUUCAACGAAGCACUGUUUAAAUCAAUUCAGUGGUAUGUUCCUAAUAAGACCUUUCAUUCUCCAAAAUUCCCUAACUGGACUUUCCCUGAAUCUCAUAUUACAUAAAAAACGUGCACAUGCUGCUUAUAAACGCUCCAAUUCUCCAGCUAACUAUUCCGCUUUCUCAGAGCUCAGAAAAUGUAAACGUUUGUCUAAAAUUGACUACCAAUCAUACAUUAGUAGCUCAGAAAAAAUGCUUUUGCACAAUCUAUCUGCCUUUUAG